AUGUCGUCCUCGAACGGAACCAACAGCUCAGCUAGCACGGCCACCGACAUCCCAGUUUACAGAAGUAACAACUAUGGCAUCAAGAACGGCGGGAAAGAGGACCUUAGCAGCAUCCUCGGCAUGCAUCCUCCGGUUCCCGUAAAAGAGCCCCCAACAACUGCAUUUGGUCGUCUGAAGGCUAAGCUUGAGGCCACUGCUGCUGCGGUGGGCGGUGCUGCCCAAACCGCUAGCAAUUAUGCUGACCUCCCGUCGCCGGAUACCCCCGAGCAGAAGAAGCCGGAAGACGAGGUGAGUGGAGACAACGACAAGGCCAAGGCCAAGCACUGGACCGGGCGGAUUCUCCGCUUCCAGUAA